UAAGUCGAAGACCAAGCCAAUCUUGAUAAGAAAUAGAGAAAUACAAGUAAAUGGUUAGAGACUUUCUUUUAAGUCCCUUUUUAACAUUAACCGAAGACAAACCGAUCUCGAAAAGAAAAAAAAAUAGAGAAAUACAAGUUAAUGGCCAGGAACUUCUUUUAAGUCUUUUUUUUCUUUAAUAUCAGCCGAAGACCAAAUGGAUCCCGAUGAAAAAUAGAGAAAUACAUAAGUGAAAUGGCCGGGAACUUCUUUUUGGGUCCUUUUUUUUUUUUUUUUUUUUUUUGUGUGUGUGUGUUGUUUUUUUUUUUUUUAACAAUUAACGAAGACCAAGCUAAUCUCAAUGAGAAAUAGAGAAAUACAACUAGUCACAAAAGUGAUACUUUGUUUUUACAUCAAUUAUUAUGUAAAAACACGCACAUACACACAUACUUAAGUUUGUCCUUUCCCUUCCUAUACGUGGAACACAAAGUAAAGCAUUUUACUAUACAAGAAAAGCAACAGAAAGAGAAGUAAAGUGAAAAACAUAGGAAGAGUAAUUGAAACACAGCUUUUACCCUCGCACUUUGUUCCUAAUAAAAAGAACCUCUGACCUUAUCCAAAAAAGUGGGAGAAAAAAAAAAGAAUAAACAAACAGAACAUAUACAUUACUUCUUUUAAACUCCAAUUUUCUCACUCCAAUGAAAAACUCAUGGAUGCGUAUCCUCAUGUUAAAUUUCCUUCUUUCCCCCCUUUUGACUUGCCUAUUAUAUAUACCUUACCUUGAGGUAGAAAGAGAAAAAAAUAGAAAAAAAAUCAAUAAAAAGAAAGUGAAGAUGUCUCCAUCUUGUUUAACAUUUUUGGUCUCAAACUCAAUCUUCCUUUUGUCUUUAUUUUCAUUUACAAUUCAUGCCCAUGAUUGCACUGAGGAUUUUUGGUCUGAAGCCCAGAACAGAAAUCUAACAUUAUGCAAGAGAUACAAACACAGGAAUGGAGUUGAGUUUGGAUGGAAUAUCGACAACACGACUCGGAGUCUCCAGAUAAUGGUGGGAGCUAGAUUAGAAAGUGAAACAGGGUGGCUAGCUUGGGGUUUGAACUUUGGACCAGUACCGAGAAUGGUGGGGACUCAAGCACUUAUUGGUAUCAAACAAACAAAUGGUUCAUUUCUUGGUGACACGUACAAUGUCACACAAUAUAUCAAGAUAGGGUGCAAGCUCUUACCUUCUCCUAUUGAUUUGAAUAUAAGCAAUUUAAGGUUUGGACACAUUCAUUAUUAUCACAUUAUAGAAGCCACUGUACAUCUUCCUCAAACAGUCAAUGUAUCAAGAAUUAAUCAAGUUUGGCAAGUUGGAAAAGUUGCAAUGGGAAUGGAACCAAAGAUUCAUGAAAGGAAGCUUCAUAACUAUGAUAGCACAGAGACCAUUGAUUUGCAGACUGGCACAGUUAUAACUGUUAGAGGUUCUAGACGUCGUCAAGCAAGAAUUGCUCAUGGAAUACUUAACAUUAUUGGUUGGGGUGUAAUAUUGCCUAUUGGGGUGAUAAUAGCUAGGUAUUUCAAAAAGGGACCAAUAAAUUGGAAUGAACAUGAUCAAUGGAAGCAUGCUCAUAAGACAUGCCAAACAUGUGGAUAUAUUAUAGGUGCAACUGGUUGGGCACUUGGACUCUGGCUUGGAGCUUCUUCCAAAUAUUACUCUUUUCCCAAACAUGGAGUUUUUGGCAUCUUCAUCUUCACAUUUGCCACCCUUCAAACGCUAGCCUUGAGAUUAAAGCCCCACAAGAACGAUGAACUUCACACAUACUGGAGUAUAUACCAUCUUUCUCUUGGUUAUGCAUUACUAGCAGUGAUUUGUGUCAACAUAUUCAAAGGGAUCAAAAUAAUGCAAGAUGUAGACACGUGGAGACCUGUCUACAUCGCAGUUAUUGUCUCUCUUACUUUCAUCUUCUUAGUCCUCGAAAUCAUCAAUUGGCUCAGAUUCAAAGUUGAUCAAUUGAACAAGGACAAAGAGAUUAAAUGAGGUGGAACAAUGGACAAAUAGAUAUAGUAAGAAAUAAUCAUCUUAUCUUCUUACUUCUCAAUUCACUCACUUCAAGAUAGGUUCCGAGAGACUGAUACAAACAAAUUCUAGUACUUGUUAUGAUUAGUUUUUUUCUUUUUAGUAUCUAUGACGCCAUAUCUUUUAAAAAAAAUAAAAAAAUUAUAUUUUACAAUGAUGGUGGCGUUUCAAUUAGUUUGCGCAUUUUUCGACAUUUUACGAAGUAUGGGUUAAGUUCCACCAUCACAUAUGUUGUAUAACUUUGUCAUAUCUAUUAUGUUUGAACUAUAAAGUUUUUAUGUAUAUUUAGGGUGGAGAGGGUUAAUAAUUUGUCCAAUUAUUAUGGUUUUAUUUUAUGUUGAAAAAAAUAAGUAAGGUUUACUCAAAUGUAUGUUUGUGAUAUUUCUUGUAAUUUGACAUAUUACACUUACCUCCCUCAUUUUGAUAUUUUUGUAAUAGAAGUGAUUAAUGAUAACAUUUAUAUAAUAUUUCAAAUUGUCCCUUUUUUGGGGAAAAAUAA